AACUGUCAAAAACAAAUCGCAAACAGACAGAUAUCAUAUCACGUGUAUUUUUACUAUUUUGUACUAAAAUAAACGUAAAAUAGUGCUAUUUGUGCCACGUUGUGCUUCCAUAACAAGUUAUUUUACAUUUUAUUAAUUACUUACUAAAAAUCUGUAUUUCAUGCAGAUGAAGCAUCGCGAACUUGAGUGCUAGUUUUCUUGUUAAAAUGAAUAAAGCGAAUCCUCUAGCUGGAUUGAUCGGUUAUGGCGACUCGGACGACGAUUCUGAUGAGGAACAAGUAAGGAAUCCAAUUGUUCCUGCAGCUAUGAGCGCCCCUGUAGCGGCACCACCGCAAGCUCCAUCCAUUGCAACCGGUCCUGCUUUGGCAGCAGUGCCCCCUGGAAUCCAUCCUGCGCCGGUGCCAUACUGUCCAUGGUCUGCUUGUUACGAUGAAAGCACUGGAUUCACAUACUACUGGAACCAGCAAACCAAUGUGGUCACCUGGGAAGCACCACCCGAGUACCUCUUGGCUGUGAAGAUAGCCCAACAGCAUAUGAGCAGAUCUGAUAUUUUAGGAUCUGCGGAAGUGUCGGCUGAGGAGUGGCAACUAUACCAGCAAGCGUUAGCAGAGAAACAAAAUGCUCAGAACAAAGCGAAGGUGACGAAGCCCACAACAAGCUAUAAAAAAGAUGUUGUUCCCACUUCUGGUAAAGACAGGAACUCCAAAGCCGUCAAACGGAGACGGAACAGUGAGGAUGACCCUGUAAAAAUUGAGCUCAUAACCUCGUACCACAAUUCGGACUCGGAAUCCAAUGAUGAAGAGAGUCCUGUCAAGCCGGUAUCUUCCAAAAUACCUGCAGUACAAAGCAAGAAGGUUCCCGCUAAAAAAAUUAAGAAACCCACAGUUGAAUAUGGACCAGCGCUGCCUCCGAAUAUGGAGUACACAGUUCCUAUUGGCCCAGAAAUGCCUCCAGAAUUGAAUAAUGAGAAGCCAAAAUCCCCUGCAAAUAAGAUUCAGAAUAAUGUCAUUGAGCAUGUAGAGGUAAAGAGUUCCCCGAAAAUAAACAUUGAUGAAAUUCAAGAUGAUGAUGUUUUGCUCAAAAGACUGAGAGACAAGGCAAAAUUGUUAGAAAAACUUGGUGGUGAAAUACCGAGUGAACUUCAGAAGAUUAUAGAAGUCAAAACACUUUCUAGAACGGCUUCGCCUAAGAAUAUAGAAGGGUAUAGUAAAAUAGAUACUAAUAUUGAUGACCUAUUAGAUGAAAUUGAAAAGAAGGAAUUGCCAAAAGUGAAAACAAAGGCAGUUUCGAAUCCGUCUUCGCAGAGCAAUAGUGUAAGGAAUUCGCCUAAAAGCAAUAAUGGUGAUUGUACACCGCCUUUAGAUGACAAAAUAAAGCCUUUAUUCCCUAGCAGUAAAGCUAUAGUAGAAGAAAUAGCACUGUUCCCUAGUGCUAUGAACAUAAAAGACGGUGAAAAACUAGUUAUUAAUGAAGAAAAAGAGAAAUCUGACCCGGUUGUAGAAAAGAAGUCGGGAAAUAUGUAUUUGAUGGAUGCAAAUGAACCAAUAGAGAACAUUAGUAGGAAAAAACUGAGGAUUUCAAACUCUGUGUUACCAGAGAGGAAGAAAACCGAACCAGUGUCGAGCCCGGCUUAUAAUACGAAAUAUUCUCAGCAUAUUGAAGGAUUUUCCAAUGAAAGAACAGGCUUGGGCUUCACCAAAGAAGACGAAGCGGAGUCAGCCCCAAAGAACACAAUAAGCUACGGCAACGGCCUCCUGUUCACGAAGGGAGAAGUCCUGAACGAAGACAAGAAGGAUGAAGAUCUGGACGACUUAACUGAGCUGGUGGAGGCCAAACUGAAGUACCUCAACUCGCUGCAGACAGCCGCCAUCAGUCCCGUGCAGGAGAUGCUCAUACAGAUGCAGACGCUAGUGAGCGCGUUCCGGUCGGGCGCGCUCGGACACCGCUACUGGGCGCGCUGGGGCGCGCGCGCGGCCGCGGAGCUGCGCGCGCACGAGGCGGCCGCCGCGCCUCGCGGCUGGCUCUGCGUCUUCCAGAGGUCCGAGGGCCGCUACAAGUACCGUCGGGAAUGUGACGGCUUCGAGCAGUGGGAGUAUCCAGCCUUGGCCAAUACUGAUAUGGACAUAAGCACCACACCGCCGCACCCUGGUGCCGCCGCUUUGGAGGAGCCUACCCCGCCGCCGCCGCCACCAUCGUCGGAGUGUCCGCCGACGCCGCCGCCCCCCGUGUGGGACGACCCCCCGCCCCCCGGCACUGACGACCCCCCGCCGCCGCCACCUCUUGUAGUGGCCCAAGAGCCUCCGAAGAAGCCAGAAAAGAAGCAGGAGAUAGGCGACGCUCUCCUCUCGUUCUACAACGACAUCGCCGAGCUGGAGAAGACAGCCCCCCCUCCCCCGCCGCCGCCCCCCGCGCCCUCUCUGUCCCCGGGCACCUCAGCAGCGUCGCCUGUCGUCGGUCCUCCUUUACCGCCGGACGAAGAGAAGAGAGAUGUUAAAAAGAAGAAAUCUAAAGUAAAAAUAUCCGCAUCAAUAGGCAUGAAACACAAGACAGUGUCGUCCCUGGUUGCCAAAUGGCAGCAAGUGGCAGAAGAGAUCAAUUCCGAUUGAACAAUAACUCAUGUUAAAAUCUCAAGUUUAUAUCAUACUGACGUUUUUUGCAGAUGAUUUUAGACCGUACUUAUUGGUUGACCGUGCCCUGUGGCAAAACUAUCUUAAUCUUCUCUAUUAUAAUAACAACAUUUAGAAGUUCUCCAUUAUUUCUAUGUCACAAGAAUCUUAUGGGAUCAUUGUUUUCGCUAAAUUCUUUCACGUUGCAUUAUUAUAAUAUUAUAUGUAUAAAUGUUUAUGGUCGAUUAUAUACAUCGGAAGCUUUAUAAGAACAGAAUCUACAUCUAUCUGAAAGACCGGCACCCAACGCUCAUUCUACCAAUAGAUCAAUAUUUUGAACUAGUAUCUCUCAUGAUGGGACACUCGUUUUUGAUUGCAUAUAUAUAAUAUAUUUAUAAAUAUACACGAUUUUUUUUUUCACAUUUCCAUAACAUUUACAGUUAAGGUAAAGUGUACAGCUUUGUAAAUAUUCCAUAAUAUUUAAUUAGGUUUAGAAAGUAUUUCUAAUAAAUUUGAUGACAUAAAUUAUGGUUUCAUUUUAUAU